AUGGUAACAGUUCGAUUAGUUGGUGGUGGCAACCAAUUUCAAGGGCGGGUUGAAGUGUUUCACGAUGGUUCCUGGGGAACAGUUUGUGAUGACCAGUGGACACUUAUGGAAGCCAACGUGGUUUGUCGCCAACUGGGGCUGGAUCAAGCCUUUUCAGCGGUCCAGGGAGGAGUUUUUGGUGAAGGAAGUGGAAAGAUAUGGAUGGAUCAGGUGAAAUGUUUUGGAGAUGAAAGAAGAUUAUCAGAUUGUUCUUUUCCUGGAUGGGAAAGACACAACUGUAAGCAUUCUGAAGAUGCAGGAGUAAUUUGUAUGCUAGUUCGAUUAAUUGGUGGAAGUAACCCAUUUGAAGGGAGGGUUGAAGUGUUUCACGCUGGCUCCUGGGGAACAGUGUGUGAUGACUAUUGGACGAUUGAGGAUGCUAACGUGGUUUGCCACCAACUUGGUUUCGAGCGUGCUUCGAAAGCAGUCACGUCGGCACGUUUCGGUGAAGGAACUGGAAAUAUAUGGAUGGAUGACGUGAAUUGUGGUGGAAAUGAAAGAAAAUUGUCAGAGUGUAAACAUCAGGGAUGGGGAAAACACGAUUGUGGCCAUAGUAAGGACGCAGGUGCAAUAUGCAUCAUGCCAGUUCGAUUAGCUGGUGGAAGUAACCCGUCUGAAGGGAGGGUUGAAGUAUUUCACAAUGGUUCCUGGGGAACUGUAUGUAAUGACUUCUGGACAAUUAAGAACGCCAACGUGGUUUGCCGACAGUUGGGUUUUACGGGUGGAGCUUUGUCCGCGAUUACUUCUGCAGGUUUUAGUCGUGCAAGUGGAAAAAUAUGGAUGGAUAACGUUGAUUGUGGUGGAAAUGAAAGAAGGUUAAAACUGUGCAAUCAUGCUGGUUGGGGACAACAUGACUGUAACCAUGAUGAAGAUGCAGGCGUUUUAUGUAUCCCAGUUCGAUUAACUGGUGGAGGCAACCUAUAUGAAGGGCGGGUUGAAGUGUUUAAUCGAGGCUCCUGGGGAACAGUGUGUGAUACCCAUUGGACACUUAAAGAAGCCAACGUGGUUUGUCACCAACUAGGAUUCGAAGCUGGAGCUUCCGCAGUGGUCAGGUCUGCAGGUUUUGGUGAAGGAAUUGGAAAUAUAUGGAUGGAUGAGGUAAACUGUGUUGGACAUGAACGACGACUAAUAGAUUGUAAUCAUCUCGGACCGGGAAAACACAACUGUGACCAUAGUAAGGAUGCAGGCGUUAUAUGUAUUCCAGUUAGAUUGGUUAUUGGCAGACAAAUCACAAAGUUGCAAGGGCGGGUGGAGGUGUUUCACAAUGGAAUCUGGGGAACAGUUUGUAAUGACGACUGGGACAUAAAGGAUGCCAACGUAGUUUGCAGUCAACUUGGAUUCGUGAAAGCUGUAGAAACACCGAGUUUCUAUGUAUACGGUACAGGAUCCGGGAAAAUAUGGUUGGACAAUGUAAACUGUGUGGGGAACGAGAGUUCACUAGCAGAGUGUGAUCAUAACCAGUGGGGAACACAUGACUGCUCUCACUCUCACGAUGCAAAUGUAGUUUGCGCUCCAGGUCCUCACUAUUCGCCUCCUACUUCUCCUAAACCUAAAGGUAUGUACUUUAUUUUUAUUGCCAAAAAGUACCGGCAAACAAAUUGUGGCGAAAAUGCUUUCUCUGAAGGACAAGUUUGCGCUCCAGGUUCUUACUCCUCGCCUCCUAUUUCUCCUAAACUUAAAGGUGUUUCCAGGAAAAACACCAAUCUAACAUUCCAAAAUGCUUAG